AUGUCAUUGAUAAGUGGUGUAUUAUUAUUACUUAUAACUUUCAUUUGCUCAACAUUUUAACAAAACCCCACCAUACCAGGAUGCUUUAAGAGCACAAAUGAUUCGUCAGGAUAGGAAAUCUGCUAACUUUGCUAAAAUAAAAUGUAUCCUCCUCCGCUUCCAACUUAAUUUUCUACAUAACUUUAGAACAUCUGCAAAACUUAGUUAAAUGGGAGCCAAAUUUAAAAAAAAGUUUACAUUACAAACGAAUUAAACGCUUGCAGGUCUAAUCUUAAUCCAAGCACAAAUCCACAAUGCUAAAAACAUCCACAGCUUUAAGUAUGUGCUUGUUCCAAUUACCAAACUGCAUGUGGUGGGUAAAUGGAUGGUUCGAUAAACAAACCUUAUGAUAAUUUAUUUGAAGCACUUUUAAUAGAAGAAUAAGCUGCUUAAAACAGCUUUGAUAUCAAUAUAUAAUUCUUUUUUAUCAAUUAAAACAAAUUUGAUCCUUAUUUGCAUGAAGUCAUAAUAAAUGAGUAUUUACCUGAUAGGAAGUGCAUAGGAACAUCAUUUUACGUAGAUGAAACAAUACCACUUCAUUUUUUUGCUAGAAAAAACGCAAUCUUAAGUUUCAGCCCAUUGUUCUGCGAUGAUUAACCCUAUUGCUAUAAGCAAACUGACAAAAUAACUCUCUCUUUUAAAAAAUUUGCUUUCCACAUAUCUACGUUUGGUUAAAUUAAUCUAUCGAAUAUUAUUAUUGAAGGUAAAGAUGCUAUUUAAGAGUUUUUAAUAUCUAAUUGUACUUAUCAAAGAGGCUUGGAGUGUUGUAUUAAUAAUGGAGGUACUAUCACUGAAAACGACGAAGCAUUUGUUACAAAGAAUUAAUCUGAUAGAUUGGGUUUAUUUGCUUUUGGAUUGAGUACAUGCACUCCUUUGGUUUCUUUUGUAAAUACUCCAAAUUACCCAUCUUCAGUCUUUGGUACAUAAUAAAUACCUACCAUUCAGAGCUCUAGCGAUUUCAGAUUGGAAAAUAACAAAUACUAAAAUAGACAAUUUGGUCUAUUUAAUGUUGAGUUUAAUUUAGCAGGAUCUGAUGCUUAAAACACUCCAAAUCUACCUCAAGUUAUAUUUACAAAUGUUGAGAUAAGAAACAUACAUAUUCUACCAGGUAUAUAUACAAUAGUAAACUCAUAAGUGACAAAUUACGGAUUUAAUACUAUUCGUAGCAUUAUUAAUAUUUACUUCUCUGCUUAGAUACAAAUUAUAGGAACUAUAUUCUAAAAAAAUUAUCUAUCUGAUGGAUUUCUAACUAAUUUGUUUGAUUACAACGGGGAUUACACAUCUUUGAAUCCUUCUUAAUCUCCUAAUCAAUAGGAUUGCACUCAAAAAAUUCCUUGUGCUUCAAUUUUAAUUUAAGAUAGUGUUUUCUCAGAUUUUAAUGAUUUGAUGUGGUAUAUAGGAAAUGAUGUCGAUUAAUAAAGUCUUUUAUAAUCAACCAGUCGCUCUCUCUAUCCAUACUCUAUAUUAUUGGUUGGUUAUCAAGGAUAGUUAAAAAUUUAAGGUAGUAAUUUCUAAAAUGCUUUGCCUUGCAUGUCAACUGAUUAUCUUUUUUGUCCGAAGCUUAAUACUAUGUAAGACUAUGUUGAAUAGGAUUCUUAGAAAAAGCUAUGGUUUCCUGGCUACAGCUAUCAAUUAUUUGAAUAUUCAUAAAUGAUGAAUUCUCACAUAAUUUUAGUGGAUUUUCUUGGAAAAUUAGAUGUAUAAACUUCUACAUUUCAAAAUAACACAAGUUGGGGAGCUCCUGCUAUUUCGAUAAGAGAUAUAACAUAUACUGGUUAUAAACCAUCCAAUACUUUAAGAUCUAAAAAAGAAAUCUACUUUUAUAAAAAUAAUUUUAUCAAUAAUGUUGGAAUAUUCUAUGGCUCAGCAAUUCGUAUUGUUAGAUAUUCAUAUGAUUAUUAAGAAAAUUUUUGUGGUCCUAUUCUUUUUGAUACAAACAAAUUUACACAAAAUCUAGGAUGCAGAAGCAACUAUGGCACAGUAAACAUACAUUGUCUCUUUGGUAGUACUGCUUAAAUUUAACAAGGAAUAACUAAAAUGCAGGAUCUUUAACUAGAUUAAGUAGGUGGUUCAGAUUUUAAAACAUUUGCUAAGUAAGGAGUUUAGUCACCUUCAGCUAGUAACUAUAACUAUAUCACUGUUCCUAGCAUGAAAAAUCAACUCCCUCAUGAGAUUAUAUUUACAGGAAACAUUUUCUAAAAUAACAUGGCCUAAUUGUCAAACUGUAUUUAUGUUUUAGGUUCAUUGAGCAUAUAAAUAACUUAAAAUUAAUUUUUAUCAAACGGAGUUCUGCACACUGAUUUGUAUUUCUUAAUGAGAAAUACUAACUAUAAUCUCCUAAUGAAUACGAUAGCAGGUUCUAUUUUGUAUUAGACUUUAAACUAAGGUUUUAUAAUUGACGAUGGUACAAAAUUUCUCAAAGAAACUACUUCAAUUUUUUUAGAUCUCUGCGAUAAAAUUACAUUAACCAACAAUAACUUCUUUUCUAACUGGGGAAUUAAUACUGGAGAUGGCUAUAUAGGCAGUAGCAUUAAUAUCUUUAGAACAGUGAGCUUUCAUGGAUUUGUGAUUUAAGGAAAUAGUUUCAAGAAUCACACUGGUAUUCCUUUUGAUAUACUUAGACAAAAUAUAGCAUCUAAGCUUUCAAAUAAUAAACACACUACUUCAAUUAUUAGUUUAAAUGUCUUGUCAUUUGCUCAAUAUAUGGGAACUUUUAAUAUUGAAGUUGAUAUCUUAUAAAACACUUUUUAAUUUAAUACUUAUUAUUUUGAUUAUAAUUAUAUUGUUUAAUAAUCUCCUAAAAAUUUGAAAUAUCAAUCAUACAUAAUUCCAUAUCCAGAAAUAAAUAAAGUUUAAUUAAUUAAAUUUUAUUACAAUUUUGAUGUCUCAGGAUCUGGUCCAAAUGCUUAAGAUCCCUAAAAUUAAAUAUCUGCUGAUUAUAUUGUUAACAUCAAUUAAAAUACAUUCACAAAUAAUGUAAAUUUAAAUGGACUAUGUAUGAUUCACUUAAUUGGCGGAGAUUAAAUAACAUUUUAAAAGAAUAUUUAUACAUACAACGAUAAUGAUUAUCCUAAUGCUAGUUCUAGUAUAAAAUAUGGACUUUAAGGCUAAAUAUGUACAACUGACAAGCUUGGAAUACUAGGAAAAACAAACUCCUAUAAUUAAAUUUAGAUUAGUAGCUCUACUUUUAGUAACAACAAGGGGAAAAUAAUUACUCAUUUGUCAUCAGUUUCUCUACUUUCUUCAAAAGAUCUAACUUUUAAUAUAAACUCUAGCUCUGAGAGUUUAGUUGAUAUAAUUACAGUGACAAACUCUUUAAACCCGACAGUUUUAACAACAGUUACAGGAACUGGAAACAUAGGAAUGACACAUGGAAUAAUAAAUAUAAUGGAUUCUUAAUAUAUUAAUAUAGUAGGGUCAACAUUUAGUUAAAAUAAAGCAAACUCAGUUAAUGCAAUAACUAUUUUAGAUUCCCAUGAUAUUCAAAUAUAAGGAUCUUCAUUUCUUAGCAAUAGCUUUAAUGAAACAUUAAUUAAUCCUUAUUUAGGUCUAAAGCCAACUGGAUAGUACUUUUCUACUUAAAUACUUGCUAAUUCUUCGAAUGUUAUAAUUUCAGACUGCAAAUUCUAAAAUAAUAAUGCUACUCAUGGAGGAGCUAUCUUUUUAAGUAGCUUUAGCACUAUUACUGUAUAAAGAGGAUAGUGCAUAUCAAAUCAAGCUUUUACAGCAGGAUGUUUUUAUAUUUAAAAAAAUAGUAAUAUGAACACAUAAAAUGUAUUAUUGUAAAGUAAUAGUGCUUAAUUAGCUGGUGGGGCAGUAGCUGCAUUCGAUUAAAGUUAGUAUACUGAUUAAAGCGAUAAUUAAUAAACUCCCCCAUAAUCUUAAUUUAUUGAAAAUAACUCAGAAAACGGUGGUGCUAUUUAUAGUCAAACUUCUACAAUAGCAGUUUAUUACACUCAAAUAAUUUAAAAUAAAGCACAAAUCCUUGGUAGUGGAGUAAGUUUAUACAUAUCGACGUUUACAGCCGAAAAUAUAUUGGUAAAAUAAAACUUUUGCCAAGGUUCUGCAUCAAUAUCUAUGAUGGAGAGUAUAGCAACUAUCAACGAAUCAACAUUCUAAGAUAAUGAAUCAACAUCAUAAACUUACGGCAUAAGAAGCGAUAGAUCUAAGUUAACCAUUACCUUAUGUUCAUUUUCAUAAGGUAUUAUUAAUACUUCUGAUCUUUAUUACAUAAAUGGAGGCUAUAUUAAUCUUUCAGAAGGCUAAGCAACAAUAAGCAACACUAAUUUUACAAAAGGAGCAGGAUUUUUGGGAGGUGCUAUUUAUAGCGGUUUCGAUACAGUAUUAACUUUAAAUAGCUGCUUUUUUGAAGAAAACUCUUCUUUGAACAUUGGAGGUAGUAUCUACUCAUUUAUAAGUAGUCAAGUAAAUGUUAAUCAAUGCAAAUUUGAUAAAUCAUCCAGUCUACUUAGUGGUAGUGAUAUUUAUGGAGAUGGCACUAAUUAAAUUAAUAUUUUAGAGACUGUCUUUGGCAAUAUCACAGGGACAUCUGUUUAUGGUCUUAGUGUUAAUCUGCUCAGUAUCUAUAAUUCCACAUUCCAAAACCAAGAAACACCUGUUGUGUUUGAUGAAAUUGUUAUUGAAACGAGAGGAGCAUAAUGCGAGCUAUGCAACUAAGUUAAAAUUGAUGGGUUUACUUAUUUUAAAUUUUUAAAGGCUCAAAAAGGUUCAGGAUUUUAUAUUGAUAAUACUUAUAAAACAUAUCCAACAUAAGUAAUAAUUAGGAACACUCUCUUCUUCAAGAACUAAGCUUAUUAAGGAGCAGGUGCAUAUAUGAGUGGAAAUAUAACUAGUGUUAUUGAAAAUGUCAUUUUUGAUAGUAAUUAUGCAUAUCAGCCUAAAGGUAAUACUUAUUUAAAUAGAACAAGCGGCAAAGGUGGAGGUCUUGUGUAUGAUUGCUCAAGAAUAAAUCCUUCAUGUACUAUUUUAUUUAAAAAUGGUACUUUUGUUAAUAAUACUGCUACUAUGUAAGGAGGUGGAUUUUAAUGGAAUGAUAGAAUAUUUGAUAUAAAUAGUGUCUUCACUUUUUCUAACAACAAAGCUUUAUAUGGAGCAGAUAUAGCUAGCUAUGCGGUUUGUAUCAUAAAAGUUACAACUCUAAAUGAUUAAUACCCAGAUUCACUGUGUUACAAUAAAGAAGUAGAUAAAGGAACAGAAAUUGUUACUCGUUUUUCAGUUGAUAAUAUAGCUAGUGGAUAAAAUGUGGAUAAUGCCAACUACUUUUAUAACACAACUGUUUUGCAAUUUAUGGCAUUUGCUUUAGUAGAUCACUUAAAUCUAAGAAUAAAGAGCGAUGACUAUUCUAAAAUUACAAUCCUUCCAGUAGCCAAACUUACUUCAGAUGAUACAGGUUGGAACAGUAUUUUUGUGUAAAAUAAUGAGUGCUUUGCAUAAUAAGGAUUUUUCAAUUUGAAAUAACUGAUUUUAGCAACUGUCCCAGGAAGUAUAAUUGAGUUAUCAGCAGUUACGAAUGGUAUCCCAUACAGAUUAGAUAGGCAAACUAUGAGAAGAAGAAAUUUAUAAUCAGGUUAAACAAUUUUUGAAAUAUAAGGCGAUGAAGAACAUUAAAACAAUUAAAUAGAAUCUUAAAAUCCUUAAGAAAAUAGAAACUAUAAGUACUUAAAAGAAGAUAGGUUUUUAGCAAGCAGUAUAUUUGUACAGAAAGAUUAGACUCAGAUUACUUAAACUUCAGAUGCAACAAUAUAAGUUUAGUUAAGAUAAUGUGUUAGAGGAGAAAUUAUGAUGUCUGAUUAUACCUGUUAUUUAUGUCCAGCUUAUAAAUUCAGUUUGUUAGAUACGAAAGAUAUAUAAAUAGGAGGUUCCUGCAGUAAAUGUGACAAUAUAAAAUCAAUAUGUAUAGGUGGAUAUUAUAUAGCUCCUAAAGCUGAGUAUUGGCGUUUGGAUUCUUAUAAGAGCACUUUUUAUGAAUGUCCAAAGCAAGGUGCUUGUUUAGGCUAUAAAGAUAAUACAUUUUCAUAGUAAAAAACAGAAGAUUUCAUAGGUUAUUGCAAAGAAGGUCAUAUGGGUAAUUUAUGUGACUCUUGCAUCAGUGGAUGGGCUAUGUAUUAAAAUUAAUACUGCGUACCUUGCAACAAUAAUAUUACAUAUUGGAUAAGAGUUGGAUUUACUAUAAUUAUAGCUUUUGCAUAAAUAGUUAUGGCUGUAAGAAGUACCUUGCUUUAAAACCAGUAACCUUUACAAAAGAAUGCAAUUCUAAUGAAAAUGAUUAUGAAUUUUGUUUAAUCUGUAUUCAUUUUUACCUCUUUCGGAAUUAAACUUCCAAGUUUAGUUUCAUCUGGACUAAGCUAAACCAACUAAAUUUUAGCAGCUCCUUUGUAGGUUUUUAACUUUGAAUGCAUCUACACUUACUCUCUGUUUGUUGAUCAUGGUAUCAGAAGUUACUUUGCCUAAACUAUAAUUGUUAGCUUAAUUCCUAUCAUAUUUUCAUUUUUAGCAGUUCUAUAUUGGUGCUUAGCUUACUAUGCAGAGUAUGGAAGGGAAGCUUUUGUGGAUUAAUUUUAUAAAAGAGAAAUAGCUAAUAAAUUAACUGUUUCAAUUAUUAUUAUGCUUUUCACAUUGUUACCUCAAAUUCUUAAUCUUACUUUAUAAGCAUAUAAAUGUGUAAAUCUCUCUGAUGAUAGCAACCCAAUAUAUUAUCUUAAAGCUGAUUAUGAUAUUGUUUGCUGGGAGUCUUAGCAUUGGUACUUUAUUAUAUUUGUAGCAGGUCCAAGUCUUAUAAUAUGGGGUAUUGUAUGCCCUAUGCAACUGUUCCACUUCUUCCAUGAAAAGAAAGAAAGACUAUUUGAAAAAGAAUAUAUUGAAGCUUACGGCUUUCUUUUGAGAGGUUAUACAAAAAAAUCAAUAUCAAACGAAUUUAUUAUUUUCUAUAGAAAGCUGAUAUUAAUUGUUAUAGGUAUUUAUGUUGACUUUUCCUCAUAAACAUAAGUACUGUUGGCAUUUGGUGUUUUGGUUAUAUCAUUGACAUAUCACAAUUCUAAAUAGCCUUACUAAGAUGUUAUUUUUAAUAACCUAGAAACGAAAAGUCUUUUAUGUUAAUCUAUCAUCUUAAUAUCCUUGCUUUAUAUAGCAUCAACUGCUGACUACGGAGCAUAACUAUUAUUCCUUCUAAUAUUAUUUAUAAGUUAUUCCUUCUAUGUAGGAAAUGCUGUAUAUUACUAUUUAAAAGAAACCAUCUUAAACGUUUUCUAAGGAUUUUACAAUAAUGUAGCCUUGUAUAAUUUAAUAAAAAUGUUGGCAGAAAAAACAAAAAUUAAACUCCUUCAAAAACUUUAAAUAAUCUUUAAAGAGAAAUUUCUUCCAUUAGACUACGAUCAUUAAAAGGAAAUCAAUCGUAUGUUCUCAUACCUGGAAUAAAACUCAAAUUUAAUGGAUGAAAACUUUGCGAAAAGAGAUGAGUUUAUUCAUCUGAAAAGAGAAUCAAAAUUAAAAUACAUUUUCAAGUAAAAAGCAAAAGAACAGAGAGAAAUCAAAAAGAAAAUAGAAAAGUAGAAGAAAAUAGAAAAGAAGAAAGAAAAACAAGCUAAGAAAUCUAUUCUAGUUGAUUAAAAAUCUUAAUUAGAAUAAUAAAGUAAAUUAUAGAAGUCACCUUUAGGUGUAACUAUUGAAAUGGAGAGUAUCAAGCAUAAUUGA